CCCUAAACCAAUCCAUUGCCACAAAUCUUCUGCUCAUCGACGACGACAAUGGCCACGACAUCACCCCCCGUCGACACCGACUUUGCCAACAUGCCUCCUCGGACGGCAGAUCUCGAGGAGACAUGGGCAUAUCUCAACGGUGGUGUCGAACACAUCAUGACCAAUUUCGAGCUUGGUCUGUCUUUCAAAGGCUACACAAGCUUGUAUUCAACCGUCUAUAACUACUGCACAUCUACCAAGAUGCACGGAAAGCUAGAUGGGAACCGCACGGGCGCCAAUUUGGUGGGAUCAGACCUUUACAGCAAGUUGAGCACCUACUUUGUGAACCAUUUCAAGGGCAUGCUCGAGAAAGCCGCGACGCUCGAGGACAUGGAUCUACUGCGGUAUUACGCCAGCGAGUGGGACCGGUACACACGAGGCGCAAAUUAUCUAAAUCGCCUGUUCACAUACCUCAAUCGAUACUGGGUGAAGCGAGAGCGGGAUGAAGGCAAGAAGGGCGUGUAUCAAGUGUAUACGCUCGCUCUCUCACAAUGGCGGAAUCAUUUCUUCAUGCACAUCCAAAAAGACAAUUCGAAACUUUCCAACGCCGUAUUGAAGCUCAUCACCCAGCAGCGGAAUGGUGAAAUCGUCGAUCAGGGUCUGAUCAAGAAGGUCGUCGAUUCGUUCGUCUCUCUGGGUCUGGACAACGCCGACCCCAACAAAGAGUGCCUGGAUAUCUACAAGGAACAAUUCGAGGUCGCUUUCCUUGCAGCAACCGAGGCUUACUACAAGCAAGAGUCUGAAGCCUUCCUCGCCGCCCAUUCUGUUUCGGAUUACCUGAAGAAAGCUGAGGAUCGUCUACGAGAGGAAGAGAACAGGGUUGAGCGGUACUUGCAUAACAAGACCCGCAAGGAACUCGUGAGCAAGUGCGAGCAUGUCCUCAUCCGAGAGCACUCAGAGUUGAUGUGGGAGAGCUUCCAAAGCCUCCUCGAUUUCGACAAGGAUGAGGAUCUGCAACGGAUGUAUGCUUUGCUUUCACGCAUUCCCGAGGGUCUUGAACCCCUUCGCAAACGCUUCGAGGGCCACGUCAAGGCAGCUGGCCUGUCGGCCAUCGGGAGGCUCAUUGGAGAGGGUGGUGCCAAUGUGGAUUCCCUCGAUGCCAAGGCUUACGUGGACGCAUUGUUGGAGGUGCACCACAAGAACUCGGAGACGGUUGCUCGCAGCUUUAAGAGUGAAGCUGGUUUCGCUGCAAGUCUCGAUAAGGCUUGCAGAGAGUUUGUCAACCGCAAUGCGGCUACUGGCUCGUCAUCAACGAAAUCGCCUGAACUCAUCGCCAAGCAUGCCGAUAUGUUGUUGCGGAAGAACAACAAGAUGGCUGAGGAGGGUGAUUUGGAGGGUGCUUUGAACCGAGUGAUGAUUCUCUUCAAGUACUUGGAAGACAAGGACGUUUUCCAGACUUUCUAUACUACCAAGCUUUCCAAGCGACUGAUCCAUGGCGUCUCUGCUUCCGACGAAGCUGAAGCCAGCAUGAUCUCGAAGCUGAAGGAAGCCUGCGGUUUCGAGUACACCAACAAGCUCCAGCGCAUGUUCACUGACAUGAGCCUGAGCAAGGAUCUCACAGACGCCUUCAAGGAGCGUCAACAACACGCCGAGGACACCGACAUCACCUUCACCGUCAUGGUCCUCGGUACCAAUUUCUGGCCUCUCAACCCUCCCACCCACGAAUUCAUCAUCCCACAAGAAAUCACCCCCACCUACGAGCGCUUCCAACGCUUCUACCAAAACAAACACUCUGGUCGUAAACUCACCUGGCUGUGGAACUACUCCAAGAACGAACUCCGCACCAACUACACGAACCAGAAGUACAUCCUCAUGACGAGUUCUUAUCAGAUGGCUGUGCUUAUGCAGUACAACCGGAAUGACACCUUGUCUUUGGAUGAGCUUGUUGCUGCGACCUCGAUCUCGAAGGAGAUUUUGACGCAGGUGCUGGCGGUGCUUGUCAAGGCUAAGGUCUUGAUCAACGAGGAGCCCGAGCAGUACGAUCUUAACCCUGGCUUCAAGUCGAAGAAGAUUCGUGUCAACCUCAACUUGCCCAUCAGGGCUGAGGUCAAGGCUGAGUCCUCGGAUGUCCUCAAGGCUGUCGAUGAAGAUCGUAAAUAUGUCAUUCAAGCUACCAUUGUUCGUAUCAUGAAAGCUAGGAAGACCAUGAAGAACCAGGCCUUGAUCCAGGAGGUCAUCUCCCAGAUCACACAGCGUUUCGCUCCCAAGAUUCCCGACAUCAAGAAGGCCAUCGAGACCCUCUUGGAGAAGGAAUACAUCGAGAGAGUGGAAGGCUCCAAGGACACCUUCGCUUACGUCGCCUAA